AUGAGGCUCACAAACAUUCCCAAAGUGACGCCAUCAGGCCUCAAAAUCAACCAGUCCCGACUAUGGGAGACGCUUCACGAAACGUGCAAAUGGGGCGCCUCCCAUCGCUGGGGAAAGGAAACCCAUGAGACCGGAAUGGCCCGUUUAACUCUCUCUGACAACGACGCACGCGUUCGCCGCUGGUUCGCUGAUGAAGUCCAGAAACUCGGCUGUGCGGUCUCUGUCGACCAGAUGGGAAACAUGUUCGCGAGGCUGAAGGGGAAACGCAACUCUUCUAGACCGAUGAUUGCGAUGGGUAGUCAUCUCGAUACCCAGCCUCGUGGUGGCCGAUAUGAUGGAAUCCUUGGUGUGGUGGGUGCACUUGAAGUUCUCCGGACGAUGAAGGAGAAUGGGUUUCGGACACACGAUGAUGUUGGCAUUGUUAAUUGGACCAAUGAGGAGGGCGCCCGUUUCCCUAAAUCCAUGUGCUCGUCUGGCGUCUGGGCCGGAGCGAUUCCCACCGAGGACGCCUGGAACCUGCGCGACAUCCACGAUCAGAAUGUCACUCUCAAGUCUGAGCUCGAGAGACAUGGUUACCUUGGUGAGAUCCCUUGCUCACACGAGGCAUACCCGCUCGGCGCCCAUUUCGAACUGCACAUUGAACAGGGCCCGAUUCUCCAAGACGCGGGUCGCUCAAUCGGGGUCGUCUCGGGGGCGCAGGGAUAUCGCUGGCUCAAUUUCACUGUCACCGGACAGGAUGCCCAUACAGGGACAACGCCAUUCAGUGCGCGUCGUGACCCUCUCCUAGCCGCUUCAAAGAUGGUGGUUGCUAGCAACGCAGUGGCCAAGCGCUACGGAGCUCUAGCAUCGACGGGGAUUCUGAAGAUCCCUGACAACUCGUCGACAAACACAGUGGUCUCCGAGGUCACAUUUACUCUUGACAUCCGGCAUCCCGAGGACGAGGUUGUCAAGACAGUGCAGGACGAAUGUCUGAAGUCUUUUGCGGACAUUGCUCAAGAAGACGGCAAAGGGGUCAGCUUCGACUGGAGGAUUGAUACGGAUUCUCCCGCUGUCAAGUUCUACAAGGACUGCAUUACCUCGAUUCAAACGUCGGCCGAAGGGCUGGUUGGUGCACGGGGCUGGAUGGAUAUUACUAGUGGUGCCGGGCACGACAGCGUCUAUACGAGUCGACACUGCCCGACAGCCAUGAUCUUCGUACCGUGUCGCGAUGGAGUCAGUCAUCAUCCGACUGAGUACUGCACGCCGGAGGCUUGUGCCCUAGGAACCCAGACUCUACUGGAGAGUGUUGUUCACUACGACCAGUCUUUGGCGGCGAAGCAAGGGUAG